AUGGCUAUCCAAAACAAGGAGUUUCUCCAAUGGCCCAGGCCUAUGAAAACGGAAGCAAGCCAGCGAGAUCCCGACAAAUAUUGUCAGUACCACCGCACACACGGCCAUGACACCGAUAACUGCUUCCAGUUAAUCACAGAGAUUGAGAGGCUGAUAAAAAGAGGGCACCUCAAGAACUUCAUGAAUAGACCGGAGGAACAGAGGCCUCAUCCCAAUCCAACAGCCCAAGUGCCAGAAAGGGCGGGAGCUGGAACAGUGAAUGAUGGGUCCAGCGGAACCAUCAACAUGAUCGUUGGGGGAACCAGAGGUCGGAUGAGCCGUAGGAGAAAGAAAAGGAGUCGAGAAGGGGAAAGCAACAACGCCGAGGUCAUGCAGGUCGUCGAACACUCUCCAGUGGCCAUCACCUUCUCUCUGGAAGACGCCCAGGGUGUUCAGAUGCCCCAUGACGACGCCCUUGCCGUUGAAGCAGUUAUUCACAACUACCGAGUCAAGAAGAUUUUGGUGGAUGAUGGGAGCAAAGUAAACCUACUACCCUACCGGGUUUUCCAGCAGAUAGGAAUCCCUGAGGAACAGCUAGUCCGGGACCAAGCACCGGUCAAGGGGAUUGGAGGAAUACCAGUGCCCGUAAAGGGAAAGUGA